ACAUUAAAAUUUAAUUGGGUCUUGGGUUCAAAAAUGGCCUCAGACACUUCCUAGCUGUGUGACCCUGGGCAAACCACUUGUUCCCAACUGCCUAGCCCUUACCACUCCUUUACCUUGGAACUAAUACACAGUGUUAAUUCUCAGACAGAAGGUAAGGGAUUCUUUUAAUUGGAAAUUGCUUAAAAAAAUUUAAAAAAAAACAAUAAAACAGACAAAAUUAAUAUUCAGUCAGCAUGUGAGUUUGACAACACUGCUCUAGAGAACCUCAAAAUUCCUUCAUCUUAUGUAUGAGGAAACCGAGGCUCAGAGAAGUAGAGCUACUACUUGCUUAAGAUUGGAGGGGAGGAAUAGUCUGAAACAAAAGUAGCAUAGGCAGAUUUGUGCUUUAAAAAUUUUAUUUGGCCAAUUGUGUGGAAUAUGGAUUGGAGAACAGAGAAAAUGAAAAGGGAAAAAGUCAUUUUAUUUCUCUGAGGCUCGGUUUCUUCACCUGUAAAAUGGGAAUAAUAAAUCCUUUCCUUGCCAGCUUCAAAGGAUUGUUUUUAGGAAAGAGCUAUAUAAUGUACAUCAGCUGAAAAGGGCUGGGAAAUAAAGCUGUCUAGGGCUAAGGCAAUCAUACAGUGCAAACGAGGGCACAUGAUCUGACAAAAAAAAAAGGGAAAUAUAUAUGUCUAUUUUCAAGGCCUCAUUUAAAAGUACACUUUAUUUUCUUUGGCUUAGGAACUGUUCUAGUUUCUCAAGGCUCUAGACUCAACUAAGCAGUCUUGGAAUUAGGAGUCUAUCUAGAGUUCUAGCCAAAGACAUAAAGGGGAUCUAAAGAUUAGCUCUCUAGGCCCCAGUUGAGAGCAAAAAGGGCUCAACUUUAAGAACCCUCAAAGAAAAGGAGCUGGAAAUUUCACCAGGAAAGUAAGACUAGAGGCUUGAGUUUUAUUCUCUGUGCACCUUCUCAACCGCUACCCCCACAGGAAUCUCUUCUUCCUUCUGUCUCUAUUUUGUAACUACUUAUAUGUUAUUUCUUCCAUAAAAUAAAAUCUCCAUGAAAGCAAGGAAAUUUCCAUUUUUUUUAAUUGUCUUUGCUACCUGUAAGCACUUAGUAAGGACAAUGAAGGCCUUGUUGAUUAAUUUGUAAAGUGGGUCGGCAAUCUCUUUCCUAGAAUUCAGGAAGACAAUCGUCCUAAUGCCUCGUACAAAGAUCACCUCCUCUUUCAAUUCUGGUCCGAGACCCGGGUAUCUGACUGACUAGGGUAGUAAUGAUGUAAAGAAUAACGUAGUUGCCUUGCCGUCAGAAGCCGUGGGUUUGACGUCCUGCCUCUACUUCUCAAAUGCGUUAUCUUUUUGAGUCUCAGUUUUCUAGUCUGUGAGAUAAUGUCAUUAAAAUUUGUGAUAUCUUGUCACCCACAUAUGGGACGUCCCGAGGAUCAAAAAGGUCUCGUGUGGAAAGCUAGCACUAGGUAAAUGCGGAUCCUUGUCCUUGUUUUCCCGUUGCAUCAGAAUCCCAGGAUAGGAGGGAACUCCGGAGGUCGUGUAGCCCAGCCUGAAGCUCAGGAGAAGCUCUAAGUGUGCUCUAGCGGGGGCAAGGAUGAUGGAGCAGAAAACGAGGUCCAUCCACUUCCCAAUUUUGUCCCCCGUCACAAUUCGAGGAGGCUCUUAGAUUCCGAGACAGAAGACAGACAGAGGUGGGAAAGGGGAGGAGGGAAAGGAGAAAGAGGCACAGUGGGCGGGGAGGGGAAAAAAGAGUGUGUGAAAGAGCGUGCGUGUGUGCAUGGUGUGCAAAGAGGGCGGGAGGCACAAGGGGCCACACAGCUGCCCCAGCCGCUUCUCCCAGCCCCCUACUGAGGACCCACGUGGGACGGGGGGGAGGGGGACAAGGGAGGGCCAGAAGGGGACCUAGGGGCGGAGCCCAAGCAAUGAGUAUUUCCCCGCUCCCUACACCCUACAGAACCACAGCCGGCUUUACUGGGAAAGAGGCGGGACCCAAGCAUAGAACACCACCCCCUGAGAGGCGGAGCCACAAGAAAGGAAGUAUUAAAUAAGGGGGUUCUGCCUGAGGCUGGCGGCUAAGUGAGCUGCUGCAGACAGAGCCAGAGGGCCAGAGGCAGCUGGGGCUAGGGACUGGCCAGGGAGGCUAAGCUAGGGAAACCUAGAGCUGGAGGACAGACUUUCCGGGAGACCCUGAGAGGUUACCCGCGUUGCCAUCGCCCCAUAUCCUCCUUCGGCUCCUUCUACCAAGCUACUGGGGUGACUGGGAGCUAGAUCGCUUUUGGGGCGCCCCUCCAGCUGUGUACGCAUAUCGGACCAGCUGUGAGCUGAACGAAGGCGGCUGGAAGAUGCUCAAGGGCUGCGGCCGCCGCCUGCUCCUGUCCUUGGUAGGAGCCCUGUUCGCCUGCCUCUUGGUGUUAACGGUGGAUCAGAAGCAGCAUCUGCGACAGCGGUUGCCGCCGCCGCCCGAGGAAGAGCUCCCCGGGGGCGAGGUAGGACGUAGAGCUCUGCAAAGCUUGGCGGGUCGCGGCGAGUCCCAGGGGCAUGGACCACCGCCCCCGCCGCAGCCCCAGGAGGAGCCCGUUGCAUCGCUGACCCGGGCAUCUGACCCCUCUGGCGAUAUCCGCAGCUUCUCAGAGUAUUUCGGCCAACUGAGCCGAGCGAGGAGGGACGCAGGGCCCCUGCCAGGGGCAGCCCCGGCGCGAGAGAACGUCCCCAGGCCACAGAUGGAGCAGCUCUUCCCCAGGGACGUCUUCAUCGCAGUCAAAACCACCAAGAAAUUCCACAGACCCCGACUGGACCUGCUGCUGGACACCUGGAUCUCCAGGAAUAAGGAAAUGACUUUCAUCUUCACCGAUGGAGAAGAUGAAGUGGUGAAGCGACAUACAGGCAAUGUCAUUAAUACCAACUGCUCUGCAGCCCAUAGCCGCCAGGCUUUAUCCUGCAAGAUGGCAGUGGAAUAUGACAAGUUCAUUGAGUCAGGAAGGAAGUGGUUCUGCCAUGUGGAUGAUGACAACUAUGUCAACGUGCCAACACUUGUCAAACUGCUGUCUAGCUACCCUCACACUCAAGAUGUCUACAUUGGCAAGCCCAGUUUGGACCGGCCCAUCCAGGCCACAGAGAGGAUCAGUGAGAACAAGAUGCGUCCCGUUCAUUUCUGGUUCGCCACUGGUGGGGCUGGUUUCUGCAUCAGCCGUGGACUGGCCUUGAAGAUGAGUCCCUGGGCGAGUGGGGGCCACUUCAUGAACACAGCAGAAAAGAUCCGACUGCCCGACGAUUGUACCAUUGGCUACAUCAUCGAAUCUGUGUUGGGUGUGAGGCUCAUUCGAAGCAACUUGUUCCAUUCUCACCUGGAGAAUCUUCAACAAGUGCCCAAGUCAGAGCUCCAUAAACAGGUAACACUGAGCUAUGGAAUGUUUGAAAACAAGAGGAAUUCCAUUCAUAUGAAAGGUGCCUUUUCCGUGGAGGCUGAUCCAUCAAGGUUCCGCUCUAUCCACUGCUUGCUGUACCCAGACACUCCGUGGUGUCCUCGUAAUGUGGUCUACUAGGAGACAUUGCGUCUAUCCUUUAACCCUCGUCCCUGAGUGCCCCUGGUAUCCAAAGGGCUCACGGGACCUGCGUCGCGUUCUUGUCUUUGCUGUGUCCGUCACGCACAGUGUAUGGGUGUAUGUGUUUGUGUAAUAGGCUGCUGUGUGGCCCAUGGUUACUGAGCUGGGUUGGGAAGGGAGGCAUCGAGACAAGGGAUGCCUCCCUGGACCCUGCCUCUACCCAUCAUCCUCUUGUCCUGAAUGAAGAGGAGACCCUAAAGUCUGGAGAAAAACAAAGAAGAAUUAGACAGGGGAAGGUAUUGCCAUCGAUGAGCCUGGCAGUGUUGGAAGGUGUCCCAGGAUGGUCCAGGAGCUGUGUUGUCUGUCUCCUGUAUCAGCUGCUUUCUCUCCAAUUGGACCCACAUUUCUUUUUACUGGUGCUGCUGUCUCAAGUUGCUCCUAGUUGACUUUUCUGGCCCUUGACCAUUUAUGUGAGCAUCUGAAUCAUCUCUUCUUUUCCUCCUUCUUCUUGUGUUAUAUUCCAGGCUCCAGCAACCUCCAGAUGAAGGUUUUUAUUUGUAAAAGGUCAACUGAGGUGGGAGGGAGGAUAUGGGGGGGGGGGGCUAAAAGUUGAAGGAAGAGGAGGUUGGGCAGUAAGGUUUAAAAGAUGUCUGAAUGUUUGUCCUGGUUUGGGAGAUUUGGGUGCAUUGCUAGGUGAAGGGAGAGGCAGAUUCCUUUUACCUGAGACCCUCAAUCUCCUAGGAACUGACAUAUUCUGGAAUGAGAGAGAGAGAGAGAGAGAGAGAGAGAGAGAGAGAGAGAGAGAGAGAGAGAGAGAGAGAGAGAGAGAGAGAGUGCAUGUGUGCUAUGGCCUCCUCUCAUGACCCUGAGUUCACUGAAAGGGAAGGGGGCAGAAGGGAGAUGUGGCCUGGAGCAGAGGGGCAGAUUAAGAGAAAAGCCCAGAAUCAUUUGCUCCAGCCACUGGGGCUUCCUAUUAUUGACUGAACUAUUUUCAGUCCCAGAUAGCUAUGCAGUAUUUAUAUGCAAUUAACCAUCAGCGGUUAAUUAAAGAGAAAUAGAGGAAUGUGUAAUGGUAUUUUAUUAUUGUUCUAAGAGGUGUUGGGGGUAGGGUAGGAAGAGACAGGUGGGCAUAUACCAGGGUACAUGUCAAUCAUUCUGUCUUAGGGUUCAGUGCCUCCCUUCAGGACUAGGCAUCUGCCUGGUUAUGCCUUCAGGAAACUUUCCUCAAUGGGAAGGGGAUAGAAAUGCCCUGUAACUUCCCUCUGACUUCUAUCAAGCAGCCAAGGGCCUUUGAAUUCAUAGUUCAAGGUGGGCUGAGUGGUUCUUAGAUUACACAGGAAAGACAAGGUCAGCAGUCCAGAAUGAGAGCCCUCUUGGCUGUGGACUCAGAGUCCAUGCCAUCAUCCCAAGCUGUGAGGGUCUUCCACUAUUCCAGGGCACCUGACCAUAUCCUAGAGCUCAAGGUGACCUGGGUCUCACAGCUCUUGGGGUGCUGAUGUUCAUCUUUGACCCUGCAUUUGGGGUCCUCAGGUUAAUUUCUGAGUGUUCCUGGGUGACUAAACCCAGAAUCUUUUGCUUUGUCUCUUUCCAAUAACUGGGCAGAGUCAGAGCUGAACAUUCCCUAUCUGAGGUUGAGUGAAUUGGCCCAUACUGGGUGCAUCUGUAAAUAUUGUACUUGAACAGUAUUUUUUUUACUGUUAUCUUUUAAAAGAGGAAAAGAUAAAGAGAAGUAGUUUUUUUUUUGUCGUGUGUAUUUUACCUUUUCUGUGGAUCGGAAAAAACAAAAACCAAACUUCUGAUAAUCUUGUUUUUAAAAUGAAAUUGGAAUAUCUUAUAACUCUCUACUUAUUUAUAUGUUCCAGUAUCUGGAAUCUACUGUUCCUUUUCCUAUUUAGUCCCUUUUCUGUUUGUAUGUAUGUUUUGUUUUUGUUGUUUUUUGUUUUGUUUUGUUUUUAUAAAAACAUAGAAAAAAAAACAAGGGAAAAAAGUUCUCAGGGAAUUAAACCUUAUAAUUACCAUGGAUACCCUGUGGUAUCCAGAAUUCUUUGCUUUCAAUAAAGCAGCUUUAUUUGCUGAUAACAAA